AUGCGCGCAUCGCGCCCGGCCUUCCGACAAGGCGCCUUCUCCGCACAAGCAUCCCAGGCGUUCCGCGCCCAGCGAUUCCGCUUCCGCGAGAGCAGCAAGCGGUGGCAGAGCACCGCGGAAGGUGCUCAGCAACAGCAGCAGAGUUGGUUCAAGCGCGCGUGGGAGAGUGAAGUUGGCAUCAAAACUGUGCACUUUUGGGCACCCGUCAUGAAGUGGGCUCUCGUCCUUGCCGGUAUUUCUGAUUUUGCCCGUCCCGCCGAGAAGCUUUCGUUUACCCAGAACUUUGCCUUGACUUGCACUGGUCUCAUCUGGACUCGGUGGUGCUUGAUUAUCAAGCCUAAGAACUAUCUCCUGGCCGCCGUCAACUUCUUCCUCGGUCUCGUCGGUAUCGUCCAAGUCAGCCGUAUCGCCAUGUACGAAUCCGCCAAGAAGAAGGGUAUUGCGGAUGUUGUUGAGGACGUCAAGGAGGAUGUCAAGGACAAGGUCAAGGCCUAA